AUGGUCAGAACUAACGAGACCUAUAUUCAAGUUGAUAUCGACGAUCCUAAUUUCCAGAGAGUGUUCGCCGAACUCAAUCCUCCUUUCCCCGCGAUGGAGAUCAAAUAUUUGGACCACGUUAACGAUGAGAUCACGGCUCACACGAGGAAGGGUCGCCUGACUCUGUCCAAGGAAAAGUGCUAG